UUUCUUCUUAUUCUUCUCCUCUAAAUUCGAGGUGCUGCUGUUCCAGUCACUGCACGUCGUCGUCGUCUCCAACUUCAAUUUCACUGACGCUGAUCUCUCUCAUUCUGUCUCCCGUCAUGGCGACAGUGCCUGUGAAUCCGAAGCCCUUUCUGAACGACUUGACUGGGAAGCCGGUCAUUGUGAAACUCAAGUGGGGCAUGGAGUACAAAGGUUAUCUGGUAUCAGUUGAUUCUUACAUGAACCUGCAGUUAGCAAGCACGGAGGAGUUUGUGGAUGGGGCAUUUACUGGCAAUCUGGGAGAGGUCCUCAUCAGAUGCAACAAUGUCAUGUACCUGAGAGGCGUUCCUGAAGACGAAGAUGCUGCUGAAGAUGACGAGUGAUCAUUUUCGGUAACUCCUCGGUUGAUGUAUGAUAUGCGCUGGUGGACGGGUCUGUUCCCUUGAGCUCAAGAGGGAGUUUUUUGUUUUCGUUUUUAUUUUUCAACAUUUGUUUUUACAUUUUCUACUUACACUCCCUUCACCGAAUGGCCUAGCUUUUGUUGUUGGGCACGAUACAAUAGCCACUGUUGAUGACUUUAUUGUUACGAAGUGCAUGGUGAGCUUUAUGCAUUCCGUCUCGAAUCAAAUGUUGUGAUUAUGCGUUUGUGAUCUCAGGUGAUUUGAUGUU